AUGGAAAGAGUGAGUGUGUUGUGUGCACUGCUGCUGCUGCUCUGCUCUCUGUCAGGAGCUGAACUUCAGGACAGUGAUAUCAGUGACCAAAAACAAGCCAGUCCUGAGAGUGUGAAUGUGCCAGAGCAGCCUCAGCCCUGUCCACCAGACCUCCACGCUGUGCUCCGACACAUGAGCGCCGCCCUGGCCGAACACAGAGUCAAGAUCGAGCAGCUGCAGUCUCUCAACCAAGAACAAGCAGCCACACUUAGAAAUCAAGAUGUCAACCUGAGAGUGCAAGAAGCUGAACUGAGAGAGCUGAAGUCCAGAGAUGUGGAGACACUGAAACAACAACAAGAACAAGCAGCAAAACUUAUAGAGCAAGAAGCCAAACUGAGAGAGCUGAAGACCAGAGAUGUGGAGACACUGAAACAACAACAACAAGGACUAACAGCACAAGUCCAGGAGCUCCAGAAGCAGACCAGUGAAGUGGAGCCAAUUAAAGAACAACUAAAAGGCCAAGCUGCUGAACUUAAUAGCAUAAAGGCUUGGACAAAUGUGACUGAAAACCAUGUGACGUCCCUGAGGAGAGACAGAGAAGUGGGACAAGUGGCUUUCUCCGCCGCUUUAAUGGCUUCAGGCUCAGGAACUCUCGGCCCCUUUAACACUCACACUAAUCUGGUCUUCAGACACGUGGUCUCAAACAUUGGAAACGCCUACAGCCCAAACACAGGGUUUUUCACUGCACCGGUCAGAGGGGCCUACCACUUUGAGUUCUACAUUGGUGCACAUGGACAUUCUUCACAUGCUUCAGGUGCUGUGUUGGUGAAGAAUGGAGAACAUAUUUUUAGCUCUUAUGAACAUCAGACAAAUGGUUACGGCACUGGAGCCAAUGGAGUCACUUUGCUCCUGGAGGUUGGAGAUGUUGUGUUUCUGCGUCAGUGGGAGAAUACAAGAAUCUAUGAUAAUGAAAAUCACCACAGCACAUUCAGUGGUCGCCUGCUGUUCCCCAUGUGA